AUGAAGCUAAAGAAUUCUAUUCUUGUCCUUGGUGGUGUAUAUCUGCCUCCUAAUCAGAACUCUACCCAAUACAUGGAAUUUGCAUCUAUUCUGGAGGAACUGUCAAUUACCGUUCAAGACAUACACCCAUUAUUGAUUAUUGGAGAUUUUAACUUGCCGAACGUGGACUGGUCCAGUCUCUUUACCCACCUCAACACAUCAGCCCAACAUAUUUAUGAUGUUAUAAAUUUCCUUGAUCUUAAGCAGUACAAUAAUAUCUACAAUGAUCGAGGUGUCCUUCUGGAUUUGGUCUUUUCUUCUGUGAACUUGCAAGUCCUGAAUGCCUCAGACCCUCUUCUUCCUGUGGAAUGUCACCAUCCUGCGCUGGAAAUGGACCUGGAUAUUAAUACUUCAGAAAACCUCUACUAUAGUGCAUUUGUUCCCAAUCUAAGGAAAUGUGAUCUAGCCCAUGUGUUUGACUGGGUUCAGCGUCUGAACUAUCCUGUGUUCGAUAACAGUGUUCCUGUCGAAGACUUAUUUUCAGAAUUUUGUUUCCAACUUAGCUGCAAUAUUAGGAGCGCAUGUCCAUCUAAAUACGUUGGUAAACGAGCCUUUCUUGUUUGGUUCUCCCCUGAACUAAAAGCUGUGAUCAUCAGGAAGAAGAUACUUCAUAGGCGCUACAAACAAACUCUUGAUAACCGUCUUUAUUAUCAAUUUUGUGGUGUUCGUGCAACAUGUAGUAGACUAACGAGGGAAUUCUACUCAACAUAUAUUCAGUCCAUUGACUCAUCUCUGAAAAGUAACGUUCGAGUCUUCUGGAGUUUUGUCAAUUCUUCCAAGAGGACUCCAUCACUUCCUUCUCGAUUGCAGCUCGAUCAUGAAUUUGCUGAAAAUCCUCAAGACAUCUCUAACAUGUUCGCCAAGUUUUUUUCCUCUGUGUACAAGGCUCCAUCUUCAUCUCCACCUAUAUAUGACCUCAAGGCAUGUACCACUCUCUCUUCCUGCUGUGUAACCUGUGCUGAGGUGGAGGGUGUACUGAAUUCGCUUGAUGUGAACAAGGGAGCUGGCCCUGACGACAUCUCUCCAUUGAUUAUGAAAUUCUGCAGUAGCGUCUUAUCUCCUCACCUUACCAUAUACUUCAACAUGCUCAUGGCUGCCGGAAUCUUUCCCUCUAAUCUCAAAUUGGGUUAUAUAGCACCUAUCUUCAAGUCUGGUUCUCCCGCUGACGUCAAGAAUUAUCGCCCGGUAGUUGUUCAGUCAUCAAUUGCCAAGAUCUUUGAAUCCCUGGUUCUGAAGAGGUUGUCAUUCCAUCUGAAGGGUGUUAUCUGUGCUGAACAACAUGGCUUUAUGAAAGGACGCUCGACUACUACUACUUCUCAGAAUCUCAUCAGGUGGACUCCAUAUACACAGACUUCUCUAAAGCUUUCGAUCGUGUAA